AUGUGUGUGUACAAGUCAAGUUCGAACAACAGCAACCCUUCUUUUAUCUUCGAAAGAACCGUGCAGGAAGCAAGCUCAAACGAUUUAUUUCUUCAACCUCCGGUUUCCGCCUCCAACACGUCUCAUAGUUCAAGAUCUAAUAGUUUUUACAACUUGCAGACCAUUUCCCCGAUACCUAUUUCCAGUAGCAAGGUCAGAAUUCCAUCGUUGAGAAAGAACUCCAAUAAUGUUUCUUCUCCACUAGAUAACAUCGCGCCAACCUCCAGGUCGGCGUCGAAUUCCACUACAAGCUCGUUGGCACACCAAGAGUACAUCUUAAACCCCAUUUCGAACAUACAUAACCAUCAUCAUCGCCGUCGUACCUUAGAAAACUCGGUGGCUCCAGCUUUAGAUGCUAGUUGCUCAAUAGUGAAUGAUGAAAACACUGACCUGAGCGACGUAGAUAUGGUUUAUUCAAGAAGGCCUUCCUCUGCUGUGAGCUUAAAUAUGGCUCUAUUGGGCAGAACAAAUAGUGCCACCCUUCCAUCAUCAGAAACUUCGCCGGCAUCUCCAGACCUUAAACUUUCGAGAUCUCAUUCGCACUCUGCUGCUACCCGUCCCACAUUGAAUAACAUCAAUAAUACUGGGAUGACCACCACAACUUCCAGUGGUGAACCCAACUCCAGGAUACUAAGAUUCUACUCUUAUGUCGAUAUGUUGAAUGAUGAAAAACUUGCACAAACCAAUAAUACCCCUACAUCUAGACCAUCUAUGAAAUCCCAAGCAUACUCAUGCCCUUUUCUUCUCAAGAGGUCCCCACCACAAGCUUAUUCUUCAUCAUCAGCAACAACGACAUUUUCCAAUCCUUUCAUCAAAAAUACCGAAUUACCAGCUGGUUCGCCUUAUGUGUCUCCACAACAAAAUGCGAGACGAUAUUCAAAUAAUACAAAUAACACCUCCAAAUCCCCAAAAAACAGAUCAUCUUCGAUACUAUUUCAGAGACAAUCCGUUUUGUCAAACAUAGACCCUGUCGCAAGUAUGCGCAAGAAUCCUAAGUUUCAAAUAGAAUCAAGUGACAGCGAAGAAGAAGAUUUAACCAUGGAUAUGCUAGAACCUUCCUUCCCGUUAGCUUCAUCUUUACGUUCAAGUGCAAACUUGGCAAGUAAUCCGGAAUUAGCAACUCAGAUGCCUUUAUCGUCAUCGUCGUCAUAUACAGCAAUAGGCAAGCCCAUGCCUUUAUCAACCGAUCCUUCCUACGUGUCUUCUUCUAAUACGUUAACCUCUGAUCAUGAGUUAAGAGUUGAAAAAGUUAGCGAAGUGCUUAAGAAAAAAGUUUCAAAUGGUGGAUUUUCAACCGAAUUUAAUAGUUGUGAUACAUAA